AUGUUUGAAGUGGCUGGGAUUUAUGAAAGCUUGAUCACUGUGAGCUUUGGACCGAUUGAUUCAACAGCGUUGCCGAUAACUGAGCCAACCCCUUCAUCAAAGCUUCCAACUACAGCAUUUCCUACUCCAUUUCCGACGCCCCAACCUUCUCCUUCUCCACCCCCAGGACCCACUUCACCUCCGACACCUAGACCAACUUUGACACCAGUCGCCCCGCCUACGCCUCGUCCCAUGACUCCCCAACCGACUCCUUCGCCAGUUCCUAGACCCACUAUAUCUCCGACCAUGCCGCUAUUUUCAACUCCACCCACGCCGCUAUCAUCAACAAUUCCAUGUUUUCAAGCUAGCAAAGAGCUCUCUAUUGCAGUUUGCAGCUGGUUUGAGGCUCCGCACUUAAGGGACUCAGUCGAGGCCAAGUAUGGAGCAAUGGGAGACUGGUGCUUUGGUGCACGUGUCACCACUUUCUUCCAUCAAGACUUGUCAUCAUGGGACGUUUCUUCUGUUGUUGACAUGGGGUACAUGUUCCGGGAAGCAACUGGCUUCAAUCAAGACUUGUCAUCAUGGGAUGUUUCUUCAGUGUCCAACAUGGGGUACAUGUUCCACCUCGCAGUUUCUUUCAACCAAGACUUGUCAUUAUGGGACGUUUCUUCAGUUACCCAUAUGCAUGCGAUGUUUGACGGGGCAUAUUCUUUUAACCAAGACUUGUCAUCAUGGGACGGUGACUGA